AUGGACGCGGACAAGGUGAAGGAAGAGCCCCAGAGUGCCUGGGAGAAGGCGAAGCCCAUGUUCACAAACAAACCAGCUAGCGGGUACUACGACCCCUGUCAAGAUUUCGCGGAUCGCAGUAUCAAAUGCAUGCGGCGCAAUGGUAACGAUAAGACGAUGUGUAGCGAUUACUUCCAGUGA